GCCAAAACAUGUGCAGGACAUGUGUUUCGUAUAUAACAUAUCGACAACGUAUACAACAUUUCGUUACUAAAGUAAAGAUUAAAGUGCUACAAUAUUAUAAUUUUCAUGUGGUUACGUCAUCUAUAGUCGAAUUCAGAUUUCAAAGUUUCAAGGAUGGCCAAAAAUAAAAAAGCAAAAAAGAAAUUCGGGCUCUCUGACAAGGUUAACAGCUCGAAAAGUGCACGCAAAGGCAAAGUAAAUCCAUUUGAAGUUCAUUUUAAUAGGCAGAAGCAUAAUGUUCUUGGAAAAAUAAGCAAAAGUGAUACUGGACUUCCAGGUAUAUCGAGACAAAAGGCGCUUAAGAAGAGGAAGGAAACUUUGCUGCAAGAAUAUAAAAAAUUUGGAAAGUCAAACACAAUUAUUGAUAAGCGAAUCGGCGAAUAUGAUUCAACUAUGACAGAAGAGGAGAAAAUGGUGCAGAGGUUUGCAUUGGAAAGAAAGAGAACACAUGAGAAAUCUGCUAUUUUUAACUUGAAUGAAGAAGAAGAGUUGACUCACUAUGGACAAUCACUAGCCGGAAUAGAGAAAUUUGAGGAGCAGAACAACAGUGAUGAUGGAAGUGAAGAUGGUUGGCUAGCAGGAAAGUUCACCGCUGAGGCACAUUUUGGUGGUGGAGACCUUGACAAAAAUGCUGAUGGUACAAAGAAACAAAUGACGAAGAAGGAAAUGCUAGAAGAGGUUAUAGCAAUGUCUAAGAAAAGAAAGUAUGAGCAGCAAACAGAGAAGGAAUCUGCAGUAGAAUUGACUGAAAAGCUUGAUAAACAGUGGAAUGACAUAGCUAGCCUGCUGUCUACUUCCAAGAAGAAUAAGCUGAACCCUAGUAGCUCUGCAAAGCAACCAGUGGAUGAGUUUGACAGGGUUGUACGAGAACUACAAUUUGAACUUAAAGGCAAACCAACAGAUAGGAUUAAGACUCCUGAGGAGGUUGCCCGCGAAGAGAAGGCAACCCUAGAGCAGUUGGAGACUGAGAGAAUAUCCAGGAUGAAAGGCGUGACAUUAGAGAACACACAGCAGAAUGCCAAGGGCAGCCACCAGUCUGCUGAUGACCUCAGUGAUGGGUUUGUUUUAAAUCGAGAAGAUAAGUUUACUCUGCGAUACAAAGAUGGAAAACUGCUUAGCCUGCCACCUCCUGACAAGGAGAAGAAAGCUAGCAAGCGUGUCCACUUCCAGGAUAAUUCCAAUGCAGAUUCUGAAGAUGAGGUUGAUGAUGAUGUUGAUGAGGAAAGUGAUGAAGAUGAGCAGAGCACAGGCUCCGAUGCUGAGGAGGAAAACUACUCGGAUCUGGAGUCUGAUGAUAAUGAGUUGGACUUAGGAGAGUGUGAUGCAGAAAUUACGACUGGUUGUGAUAGAGCAGUAAAGGAGAGAGUUGUGCCCUCAAAGGAAUUGAAAAUGGGAAUGGAAAUUGCAAAUGCAGAGCUACCCUACACCUUUCCAGCGCCUGGUUCAUAUGAUGAGUUCAGGAAAUUGAUAGAUGGGUACUCAUCAGCAGAUCAGCUGGUUAUAGUGGAACGCAUCUGUAAGUGCCACCAUCCAAGUCUCGCUGAAGGAAAUAAGGAGAAACUGCAGACUUUAUUUCGGAUUUUGGUGGAGCACUGUGGUCAUGCGGCUAUUGAAGCCGAUCCUGAUGUGAGCUUCAUUAAUCAGCUCACUCCGACCUUGUGUCGCCUAGCACAGCAAAGCCCGACAGAGACAGCACAGUUCUUGCAGCAGUUGGUGGUUGACAAGCAGCAUGCAUUCACUGAGGCUACACAGAAGAAAGGGGGACGAGGACAGUUUCCUGGACUCGACAUGGUUGUCCUUUUGGAGCUAGUUGCGGCGCUAUAUUCGACGUCAGACUUCCAGCAUCCGAUUGUCACGCCGGCUCUAGUUUACAUGGCCCAGAUGCUAGCACAGUGCCAAGUCUCGUCGACAAUUGCCGUAACAACAGGCCUGUUGCUAUGUACAGUGUUUUUAGAUUAUGUGUCAUUAUCCAAGAGGUUUGUACCAGAAGUGAACAAUUUCCUUUAUGGAAUCCUCUUCAUGGCCUCAAUCAAACAAGAUCAGGUUCUGAGGGUUUAUCCACCGUUUAAAUCUGUUGGUACCAGUGCUGACCUACUUGUGCUACCAAAGAGUGCCAUAAACAAUAGGACCAUUGACACGUCACCUCUCGGUCUUUGGGAAAUGGCAUCUCUAAAAGAUAUUGAGGAACCUACCCUGGAAUUCAAGUGCACAGCAAUAUCUGUUACGUUAAAACUACUGUGCAAGUUUGCUGUGCUCUAUAAAUCGCUCCCUGCCUAUCUGGAAAUAUUUGCACCUGUGAAGAAUGUGCUAUGCAAGGUUCCUUGGGAGAGAUACACUGACAGUGUAAAGGCAUCGCACCAACAGCUUGUGCAGGAGCUUAGCAACUGUCUGGAGACACGCCAAUCUCUCUCUCGCAGUAAGAAAAGACCUCAACCACUGAAGUUGUUUGAACCCCUAAUAGAAGACAACUAUGAUGGUAGAAAGAAAAGGAAGGGAACUAGAGAACAGAUUGAACAGCAGAAGCUAUUACACAAACUGAAGCGAGAACGUAAGGGGGCUGUACGAGAGAUACGUAAGGAUGCACAUUUCCUUGCUGGAGAGAAGCUCAAACAAGAGAAAGAGAAGGAUGUUGAACGCAAAGACAAGGUUAAGAGGCUUUAUGCUUUGCUAGGAAACCAGGAAGGUGACUACAAAGCUUUGGUUCGGAAUAAACGCAAAGCUUAGAAUUGUAUAAAACGGUGUUAAUCCAGGACGUAUUAUUUUGCAUAAAAAAUGUAUUUAAUAAAAUACAACCAACAAUGUUAGAGGUAUCAGCGAGUAAGGUCAAAGAGAUGUGCUAAUUGUAUACUCACUGCUGUGUAUAUAAAAUUAUUCACGUAGUUGCAUUAUCUCAUAUUUACUGAUAUACAUUGUAUUUAAGAAAUGACUGAAAUGGCAGUAAUUAUUUUCUAAUUAAUAAUGUAUAUAUCUUGAUCACACAUUCAUAGUUAUUUCAGUGGCCUAUGUAAUGCAAACAUGUAUUAGGGUAAUUGGGGGGAAUAUGAGCACCUCAAGAAUGUUGCUCGGGGAGAAAGAAACAAACAUCAGCUUUCUCAGAAUCACUUUUAUUUUGAAGACUCCCGUAUGCUAAAAUAACAAGCAUAAAUUAAAUGCUUAGAUAAGGUUAUAAAUAAAAUAGUGGCCCAUAAAAACUUAUACAAUUGUGUCCAUAUUACUCCAAGCUUGGGUAAUAUGGAUGCGUAUGUUACCACAACUUAACAACUACACAUGAUUUUUAUUCCUGCCUUAAGCAAUAUGUAUUCUUGAGCUAAUAAGUAAUUAUACUGGAAAUUUAUAUUCAAAGAAUAUAUAUUUUGCAAUAAACAUUAUCUCCUUCUGAUCUUGAACA